GAGAAGGCGAGCGUAAAGAGAAAUCAAAGCCCAAGUCCAAUUCGAAGAGAGAGUCCCCAACGCAAUUCCAAGAGCUGAGAAAAUGGCAUCAAGCAUGUGGCAACAGCAGCUGACACUAAUCCUGCUGCUCGGCGUGAUUUGUGCUCGCUGCACGGCAGCGCCGUUGGCUGAUGAUGGGGAUGAGGAUGAGGAUGAGCUGCUGCUGGUGAUGACGACCACCGAAAAGCAGCAUCGCAUUGACUGUAAAUUGGCUUUGGAUGCAACAAUGGACUCGUUAGAGCAACAGCAACUGCUCGAGGCGAUGGGCUGCAGUCGCACUAAUAAGCCAGCAACAACAACAACAACAACAACAACAGAUGUGGAGCAGGAUGAGGAGCAGACAGUGUCGCCAAGUGUGCUGAGACACUCGAGGCCUGGUGGCAGCAGUCAGCCUCUCUAUGAAUUACAAUUGGUUGUUUGGCCAGCUGGCGUUGAUGGCAACGGCGACGAUGGCAUUGUGCCAGUAGUGGUAACGACACCCAGGACAACUCGUGCCACAACAACAACACCUACAACAAUAUCGACAACAACAACCGCAUCGCCAAUGACAACGACUACGACAACGACAACGUCACCUUCUGUUGGUGUCCCUUUGUAUGAGGAUCAAUUGGUCGUAUUUCCGCAAAUGGAUUUUCAAGAGGAAAAUUUUGAUUAUUUCUUUGAUGAGUCCAGCUCGACGACCACAAAACGACCCACGAGCAGCAGCAGCGGCAACGCAGCAACCUCAUCAAAGCCAGUUUAUGUGCUGGAAAACUUUCGCAAGCAGCAUCCCAAUGGCACCGAGGAGCAUAAGUUGGUGCUGAGCAAUGGCUUGGUCAACUAUAUGAAGCACUAUCCCAAGCAGGUGGACGAUAAAGUGAUCAAUGUGCAGGAGGGAUACAGUUCGUUGCCAGUUGCUGGAGUGCAGCCACAGAUCCAGACCCUUUACUAUAUAGCCGAUGAGCAUGGUUAUAACAUCCACAAAAUUGAGCGCAGUCCUUUGCCAUUGCUGUUGUCCCAACGAGCGCUUCCUAAAGCCACAGAAGCACCAACAGCCACGACAUCCACGAUGUGAGAGCGCUGCAAGCAGCAUGAGCUGGCGUGCCACAGUGACACAGUGCCACAUGCAGCAU